GUGGAGUACACGGUAAACGAGUUUCAACCACCGGGAGGAUCGAUUCCACGAUCGACAUCUCCAGGUGGCUAGCCGCGUCCGUAAACAGUCGGCGCACGGUCUAAUUACUCGACAAAGCAGAUUCGCGUUCGAGGGAUAAAGAGCAGGCCCCAGGACGAUGAUACAAAUCGGCCGUGCAAAAACUAGGCGGAGGUUGCGAUCAUUGUUGCGGCUCAGGAUAAGAGUAUAAAUUUCACAGCAGGUCGGCGCGGCAACCGAUUCCGGUGGGCAGCCGUUCGAAACGAGGAGGCAAGAAGGAACCGGAUGAUCGCGAAAGAAUACCGAUCUCUCUCGUUGUUCCGACGAAGACGUAGCUAGCAGGAUCGGACAAGGAUCGAGACAGGACACGCUGCGAGAGGAUGGUCGCAAUACUCCGGCGAAAUUCACGGAGUUCGCGGAUGAGUGAGUACUUGUGCAGGCAAUAUAAUGGAGACCCCCCGCGGUAGCUUACCUGCAUCAUCGACUAAUCACGCCGGAUAAUAGGGAACAAUGGCGUCCCCGUGAAAAGUGAAGCAUACCCGCCACUUACCUUCCCGUUCGCCCCUCCGGUUAUCCUCUUCCAACCUCUUCCCCCUACGUUCGAUCUCUGUCCGUCGAUUUCUCAGAUCGUCCGCCUGUCUUCGUCGUUCACCCUCGACACCCUUCUCCCUCCGCGCGGCGGAUAUAAUCCUCUUACGCACCGGGCACAAAGUAAAAUACGGGCAACACAAGGCGGUCCUGCCCGCUCGACCGUGCUUGGCCCGGCUAUUACGCGUAGCCACGUGAAACUAGCGAUCCCCGCGUUUCCCAAUCGUGCCGAGGAAACAAAUCUCUUAAGCGAUCUCGCGAAGGAAUCGUCGAAUGAAAUCGUCUCGUUUCCAACAACAUUUACCCUGUUUAUCGUCGGGAUGGUAAUUAAUCUCGUUACGGUACCUCGAGCGCUAGUUUCUCGUUUCUAGGUUCCCUCCGAAGGGGUUGAUCAACUCUUUUCAGUUUUCUACUUACUCGUCGAGAAAGAGGAACUGUUCUUACGCGUGAGCAACGACGCUUUGUCGCGCACGUACAUACGCGUUUGACCCUUUUUACCGCUCGCUUUUCUUGCCUACGCCGCUGGCCGUGUAAUCAUUUUCCUACUUUCGCGCUACUUUUAACAGAUCCAAGCCCGCUUUCACGCGGACGCUCGAGAGCCGCUUUUGUGCCCUUCCGAGUGGAUCUCCGGUGAAGACCGGCCCAUUAUGCCACGCACCUCCCGCGUUUUGUCAACUUGACUCUGAAAGGGUCGUUAAAGGGGCCCUCCGGUCUCGUUAGCUCGCUCUGCGACGCGACAUUUCGGUGAUCUACUACGUUGAAGGGGCGAGAUUUAUCGAACAAAAUGAUCGAAACUACCUCGAAGUUGAAUCGAUCUCGGAUUAAUUCACGAUUUACGGGAUGUUCGAUUCGUGUAAACAGCGACGCCAAGCGCAUUCCUCGUUUAAACUCGAGCGUACCGUGACAUAGUGAAGAGUCGUAGCGCGGAUUGGCGACGGGACUCGGGCGGGUUCCCGACUCGGGAACGAGAAACUCAUCCCCUCGACCAGCCGGCUACGUGCUCGGGGUAUUUGCACGCGCGAAUACGCGGCUCUGAUACACCGACGCGCAUAAUGCAUGUGAUUAUAGAGAGGGAGAAAGGAGGGCCGGAUGGAAGGAAAAAGAAGGAGCUAGAGGUAACUAGGGGGAGAGUGGAAGGGAGAGAAGCAGUAGAUUAGGUGGGUACAUCGCGCGACUGCGGCGAGGACAUUGGUAUGGAAUACAGAUAUAGGUGUACGGCAACUAGCACGGUGUGCUAGCUAGUUAGAAGGAGAGGAUGAGAGAGGAAGAGGAAGAGAGAGAGAGAGUGAGACAUAGUGUACGAGGCAAGCUAAAAUGGGCGGGAAAGAGGGGUUUAUACGAGUGGGUACCGGGGUAGAAGGAGACGAGGUAUCGAGGGGGGUAGGCUAUAAAGGCUAAUUGGUUAAAAGCUCACCGCUGGCUGCAGGCUUAAAUCAAGAUCUUGGAGUGUUAUAAUGGAUAAGUAACACGGCGAGGCACAGGCACCACCGGCGGAGUUGUGUGUUAUCCCCACUAGCCGGGCUGGCUAGGUAGCCUCGGUAAAACCACCGCAGCCACCCCCAUUCCGCGAUCCGCAGGAUCGUCGAGGGCGAGUAUCUUUCGAGUUAAGGACGUAGCGGCUCACGCGAUUGGCCCGCACCUACGGCUACCCCCGUGCCGGAUAGUAUGUACCACGAGUCAUCGAUCGAGCCACCACCCUAUGAGGAAUCGCGGGAUCCAUCCCCCUCGGAAAGCCAUUUGCUCCGCUCCGCCUCCUACCCCUCCAACAACGACACCCCGUCUGGUUACUUUCAGCUUAGCCGUCCUCUGUCUCCCCCCUCCACACGCGUUUACCACCCUUCUACCAACGUCCGUUUCAUCCCUCUCGUUCCAACGCAUCCCUUCGGCUCGUUCGUCUGUCCUUCGGCUAGUCUAUCUAUCCGACGCGCAACUAACCACCCCGUGACUCUCGAAGCGUGACUCCACGCUCUGUCUUUCUCUCACCACCUUCGUCUCGACCUUCUCUUUCUCUUUCUUUUUCUCCACCCUACCAAAGCUUCUCUCCCUCUCCCUUUCUCUUGCUCUCUCUCUCUCUCUCUCUCUCUCUCUCUCUCUCUCAGUCUCCUCCACUUUACCCUACGUCGCUCCGCGCGUUCCCGCUGCGUGCGCGAAUGUUCGAGUAAGGCCCUCGUUCGUGUGACCUGUGGUUUCUCCGGCAUUUUCCUACCCUUAGUGCGAGAACAGUGCCCAUCCGCAGUCCAUCAUUCGCCACGAUACGCGUUCGCGAUUCUUUCCCCUCGAUCGUUUCGAUAAGAAUCGUCCCAAUAACGCGACUCCAUCGUCAGUGAAACGUUACCGUAACGUUCGUUCGUUCUGGUUCGCGAUCAACCACCGAGCUGCAACGACACCCUUCGGCGAUGCUGACGAUUCCGAACGAGUCCGCGAAGAUCAGUUGUCUAGUUAUUCCAUACAGAGGAUGAUAAGUUGUCGGAUCGAUCGCGAUAGGAUGCCGGGAAAACGUGUCGUCGAGUGAUUAACGAUCAGUGGAAGAGAAAGUGACUCGAGGAAGUGUCUCGGUGGUUACUCUUCGCGGUUUUACACGCGCGACAACGUCUCGCGAAUAGCCGAGCUGCGGCUAAGAGGGGACAGAGGAGAGUCGGAGCAGGGACGUGGAGGAGAACGGCUACGUGUCAGGCUGGUAGGAGGAGGUUCUGGCACGCACACGCUCCGUGAGGGGUGGUGGUCGAAGGACGAGAGGGGAGGGUGGUAGAGGGUGGCACUCGAAAGGGUGGGCCCUCCAAGUGUCUUGUCUCCUAUCAUCCUCUCGUCCAGGGUAUCGCUUACGAAUGUCGCGCGAUCGAGCGAUCCGUCUCCGAUCCAGCACGACGAGGCACGUCCUGCCGACGGAAGCGUCGCGAUCAACUCCUCGUUUAAUCUAACCGACUUGAUCGAAGCAUCGAUACCCGUAUAUCACCACGCGACUGAUAUGAGACGCGAACCAUUGGAAGCGAUCCGCGUGUCGGACAGACUCUGCUCCGCCGACGGUCCGUCGAUGGAACAGCCGGUGCGUUUCUGACGGGACGGCGAGACACGAAGCGGAACGAUCGUGCUGAGUGAAACAGGUGACUCGGUUGACUCGUGCGUCGUCGUUGCUGGCGGGACAAAAAUCGACGGCAGCGUCGCGACGUGUUCGGGACACUGUGGACGCGCGUCAACGAUGUCGGGUGAAACGGAAAUCGAGGUAUCCGUGGUGUCCGAAGAGGAUUUGGAGCUCGAAGGCUCGAGGAGCAGCUCGACGCCGGCGGACAUGUUAUUGCAAGAGAAGAACGGAAAAUCCGGCUGCGGUUUAAACAAUCAUCACUCGUUCAGCUUCGACGUCGGUAAACCGGCGCUCAGGCCGGCUUGUAAUCCUCAGUACACGUCCUUCAGCAUCUCCAGCAUCCUUGGCAGGCCCGAGUCGCCGCCCGUCGAUUCAACGUCGACCGUGUCGGCCGAGAGGCAAUCGUCGGACGCGGACAGAGUUUCGCCUUUGCCGACGAGCAACGCGCAAACCUCGCAGAGGAUCGGUUCCUCUUGCGACAGCCCAGCUAGAGGAUUGUCCUCGCCCGCGUCCAUCAGAUUCUCCGCUAAUCAACGGGGUACAUCGACGGUGGGACACACCGUAGAAACGAGAAACAACUCGACCAGUAUCGGUAUAGGAUGUGCUACCAGUGCUACCAGCCCGGCGUCCACUUUCUCACCGCCCAGCGACGCUGCUGCGAAUCCGUUACUGGGCCAUCAAGCGUCGGCUGACUUGGCGAUGCUCUCCAGGCUGGGCCUGAUGUCGUCGUUGAUAGCGGGCCGUUAUCCAGUGGGCAUCGGAGUCGGUGGUGUUUUCUUUCCAUCGACGCUUCAGCAUAUCCAUCAGCAACAACAGCAUCAACAUCAUUCGCGAUUAGCAGCCGCGUCGUCGGCGUUGAGCAACGCCGUGCAGGUAUCCGGCCAAUCGGACAUCGUCGACGCCGACGGCAUCCGCGGCGUCCUACCCGGCGGCGGCGGCUGGCCGUUUCCAUGGAGGCCGACGCACAGCUUGCAAACGCUCGAGCAUCCGUCGUCGGGAGACGUCGUGGGCACUCUAAGCCGAGUCAGUCCAGCUUCCGCUUCCUUCCCCCAAAGGGAUGAACUGGACGAGGAUAACGGGGAGGAUCGUCUGCACCGGACACGGAGUCCAUCGACGGGAGACGAGGGCCACGACGACCUAGGGGAUCAAGACGACUGUCCCGACGGUGAUGGCGAAGGAGAAUCGACCAACUCGACCGGCCUCCAUGGCGGUACGGGGAACUCGGGUGGAGGUGGUGGCGGGGGUGGACAGAACAGCGUGCAGGUCGGUGUUGACGGUCGUGACUCGAGCAGCAUGAAACGGAAGAAGAAGACGCGGACGGUGUUCUCGCGUUCGCAAGUGUUCCAAUUGGAGAGCACGUUCGACAUGAAACGUUACCUAUCGUCGUCGGAACGCGCCGGUCUGGCUGCCUCAUUACGGCUGACCGAGACCCAAGUGAAAAUCUGGUUUCAAAAUCGUCGUAACAAAUGGAAAAGGCAAUUGGCCGCGGAACUGGAAGCGGCAAACAUGGCGCACGCCGCUCAAAGACUGGUCAGAGUGCCGAUAUUGUAUCACGAAGCGUCAGCUGGAAGCGGAACGUCCGGUAGCGUCUCGGUGUCGGUGGCUACGCCGCCGACCGCUGCUGCGCCAGCGUCGGUAGCCACGUCGGCGCUCUCCCACUCAGUCGGCGUCGGAGUUGGCGUCGGUGUCGGCGUCGGCGUCGGCACCUCCUGCCCCCCUACCACUGCACAACCGAUCUUCUACUCCCAUCACCAUCAGCACCACCAUCAUCAUCCGGCUCACGUGCAGGCGCACACACUCCUACCCCACCAGGUACACCCACAGCCACCGCCACCCCCGCCACCGCCCCCUAACGGCCAACCACCCCAAUCCUCCUCGCAAUAACACCGUCCGGCUCACGAGACCGUCGGUCCGCUCCAACCAACCACCACCUACGCCGCGAUGUCCCUCUCGCGAAUCGCCUCGAUCGCUUUGUCCGGAUGAACGGGAAUACCUCUCUACUCACGAUUUUCAACCGAUCCCACUUUCAUUUGGUCAGAUCAAUUUUGAUGAUUUUUAGUUUUGCAUAGGAUACUCGAGGAUGUCCAGUGAUUUCCAGUUUAUUUUUCUAUGCCUCGAAAUGAUAGGUAACUUCCAGGGUAGUUUUCUUGAGAAGUAUUUAUAUUUCGUUUUAUAGAUACGUGUGUAGAGACAUCUUUAAUAUCUCUCAAGGAAAUCACUUUUUAAGCUACUUAACGUUUGCAGUGCCUCCAGGGUAGUUUCAUCCCUUAAAGGAACAACAAGGAUCCAGCAUUUUUCACCUGUAAAUAUUUCGUAAAAUUUUCUCUUUCACACUUCACCGGACAAAUUAAUUCUUCACUUUAUGUCUUUCAAUUUCCUAGAAUCGCGAGAAGGGACGAGAUCGUUGACCGACGGGGAGUUUCCUUCCGCCGCGGUUCAACGAGACUGGCGACUUCCGGCAAGUCGAACACUGUAAUAUAAGUAUGUAUCUAGUCUGUCAGUUGUCGAUAAGAAACUGCUCGUGGAACGAUUAUUAAGAUAUUUUGUCGAAAAACGUGGGACAAGCACACUUAUGUCCCUCUAUCCUACACCUCUCUCUUUCUCUCAAUCUAUAUCCUCUUUUUCACUGUUUCGUCAUUACGUUCGAAAAUCGCACACGAAUCCUUGUUUUCACGAUCGAAAGCGAAAUCCUAUGUUUUCUUUAGUUUAUUUCUAAUCGGGAACGUUGCAAACGCGAAACGAACAGUGUGUCAACCUGUAAAAUGUAAUUCGCGAUCCACUAAGAGAUUGUAACUAAUUGUUAGGUAAAUCGUGUAAGACACAGGCAGGGUUCCUACGACGUUAAUUCUACCUGUUGUGAUAAGCAUCUAAACGAUUAAUUUUAUUAAACGAACGGUAUAGUUACGAAAUACCGGCUCUACUUUCCAUUGUAUAUCACCACCUAAUCUUAUAGGACGUCAAUUAAAAAAGAAAAAAAAAAGAGAACGAAAUGAAAAGAAGAUAAACACGUCCAUCGAGCCACGUGUUUUCUACGGACAAUUGUGAUCCAAGAUCUCUCGAUAUUAUUGUACAGCCGAUCGUUUCGUAAUCGCUAAAUAAUGAUCGUUGAACCAUACACACAGUCCACGUCGUUCAACAUCCUUUUUAUUAUUCUCAAACGUCUCUCGUCGGGUUCUUUUUCAGAUAAUAAAAUUCCGCCGAAAAUUCGAUAAUUAAGAAAAUUAAUGAUAGUAGUAGGAAUCGAUCUUACCAUUUUCACGAGGUUUAAAAUCAAACGUUCUCGGUUAAGACAGCGUACUGUCAACAUUCAUAGCUUAGUAGACGAGCAAGCUCGAUGUUACAAGCAUCGCCGAGCGUCUCGUUUCCCCGUCAAAGUUAAUCGCUGA